ACUAGUAUAACGAAGUAUAGUGUUUCUGUAAGUCUGGUGAAAAGCAUUUUCGUUAUUUCUUUCGUUAUCAUAUCAUUAAAAAAAAUUGCAGUGAUAUUUUGCGCCAAAAUGAAGAUGAGCGAGAAAAAAGUAAGAAGUGGAAAAGUUACCAAACAACAAAAACAAAAAUUUCUAGAUUUAUUGAAAAAACAUAGAAAUGUUGGUACCGGACAAUUUGGUGGCCCAAACAGUGACAAAGCUGCUAAUGCUGUAUGGGCAACUCUCACAGCGGAAUUAAAUGCAUGCGGAGGAGCAUGUAAAACCGUUGAGCAGUGGAAAAAGAACGCUACUGGAAAUCGUCCUGCCUCUGAAGGUCCAGCGCCGCUAGAUGGUAUGGACCUGCAAGUGCUAGACUUUUUCCCAACUGCACUUGUUGAUGGCGAUGGCGUUACUAAGGAGUCGGGGUUUCAAGAGAUGAAUCAUGGAAUCAAAAAACCUCAAAUGCUGCACUGCCAUCAACCAAACCCAAUACAGUGCCAUCGCCCACACCAGACAGAAUGUGACAGACUGCCACUUUCUUCAGUGCAUUUGAACAAGUGAAAACCACUCUUGCUGAGCAGGAACGCAAACGACAGGAGCAAUUUGACCAGUUGCUGUCCGUGGCGAAGGACAUUCGUGCCUCCGUGCAAUCCAUGGCCGCUUCGCUUAAACAAUUAUGCGAAAAAUAAUAAACAAAGCUUUUUUUAUAUUAUAUUUUAUUUUUUUUUAUUAUUAUUAUUUAAAAUGAGUUGUUG